AUGUGUCCCGAGAAAGAAAGGUAUGUUCGCGUCGUACAAAAGCGAAUUUCUCCAUAUGAAUGCAAUCCUGAUGGCUCUCUUAAUCCAAGUCGUUUGGUCAAGGAAUAUGCUAGGAGCGCUGCAGACCAGGACAAACCCUUACCUCAUGAGUUGCGUUCAAAGGAGUUGUUGGAAAACUCUAUGGGCUAUCUCCUUAAACACGUUUUCGACUGUGCUCCCAACAAUGAGGAUGAUCUAGCAGUAUGGUACGACUUUUUAUGGAGUCGAACUAGAGCCAUCCGCAAGGAGAUCACUCAGCUAAUGUUGACAGAUAAGACGGCAGUUGCCUUAGUUGAGAGGUGUGCAAGAUUACAUAUACUAUGUGCUUACAAACUGUGCCGUCUUGGUUUCGAGAAAUUUGACCAGAAUAUGAACACGGAAAAUCUUGCCAAGUGCUUGCAAUCUCUUCGCCACCUUUACGAAGAUCUAGCUGCACAGGGAAUAGUGUUCGAUACGGAAGCCGAGUUUCGUGGUUACGAUGUUAUGUUACACCUUUACGACAGCAAUAUUCUCAGACAGGUACUGUCAUACCGAAAGGAAGUACGAGAUUCACGACCGGUUCGUUUGGCACUCCAACUGUCCAGUGCGCUGCAGAAUAAGAAUUAUGUUAGGUUCUUCCGAUUGCUAAGAAGAGAUGCCACCUUUUUGCAGUGCUGUAUAUGUCAUCGUUACUUCAAUACUGUUCAAGCUAAAGCUUUGCUAACGAUGAUGACUGCAUAUGGCAGAAACUCAGUGUUUCCAUUAGACACAAUAUGGCGUGUGCUCGCUUUUGACGAUCGAGAGGAUGCGUUGAAAUCUCUUGCAGUGUACGGUGUUCAACAGAACGAUAUGGACUAUAACCAAGUAUGCCAAUGAU